AUGCUUUCAACACUAGUUACCUCCAUCCUCAACCCCCUAAUCCUAAUCAUCUUUGUUCUUCUAGCCGUUGCUCUUCUUACCCUCGUCGAACGAAAGGUCCUCGGCUAUAUACAACUACGAAAAGGUCCAAACAUUGUAGGCCCCUACGGCCUCCUCCAACCAGUUGCAGACGGCCUAAAACUUUUUUUAAAAGAGCCCAUUCGGCCCUCCACCUCCUCCCCCAUCCUUUUUCUUCUAACCCCUAUACUAGCCCUCACCCUGGCACUUACCCUGUGGACUCCCAUGCCCCUUCCCUUCCCUAUAGCAGACCUCAACCUUGGCAUCCUUUUUCUCCUAGCCCUCUCUAGCCUCACAGUCUAUUCUAUCCUCGGCUCAGGAUGAGCCUCCAAUUCAAAAUACGCCUUAAUCGGAGCCCUCCGAGCCGUCGCACAGACCAUCUCCUACGAAGUCAGCCUAGGACUAAUUCUUCUAAAUGCUAUUAUUUUUACUGGAGGCUUUACCCUACAAACAUUUAGCGUAGCCCAAGAAAGUGUAUGACUAAUUCUCCCCGCCUGACCGCUAGCCGCUAUAUGAUACAUCUCCACCCUUGCAGAAACAAACCGAGCCCCUUUUGAUCUCACAGAAGGUGAGUCCGAACUCGUCUCUGGCUUUAACGUAGAAUAUGCAGGAGGUCCUUUCGCUCUCUUUUUCCUCGCUGAGUACGCCAACAUUCUCCUGAUAAAUACCCUCUCUGCAACCCUAUUCCUAGGCGCCUCCCUCUUACACAUAACCCCUGAAAUCACAACAACAAACCUUAUAAUAAAAGCCACCCUUCUCUCCGUACUCUUCCUAUGAGUUCGUGCCUCCUACCCCCGAUUUCGUUAUGAUCAACUCAUGCACCUAAUCUGAAAAAAUUUCUUACCCCUAACCCUUGCCCUGGUGAUUUGACACCUCUCCCUUCCAAUUGCACUGACAGGAUUGCCCCCGCAGCUAUAG